AUGUCGAUGCUGCCGCCGCUCCGGAGCGCCUACCCGGACUCGGGGAACCCGCCGCCGAUGCCGCCGAAGAAGGGCAACCGACGGAAGGUGCCCGUGCCGCCGUCCGAGGACGACGACGACCUGCACAGCUACCACGCGAGCCACCACAGCUACGUGCCGUCUCCCGAGCGCGUCGACGACCACAUGGACGAGGACCCCUACGGCGACGAUCUGUACAGCGUCGACCCCGGCGCGAAGCGGCCGCCGUCGGCGCCGCCGUCGGAGCACUUCGUGGACCCGCCGGACGUGACCAUCUCGUCGGGCGUCGCCAUGAAGGGCGAGCUGUCGUUUCCCAAGCUGCUCCGCGUCGAGGGGAGCUUCGUGGGCAGCCUCAAGGCCGGCGGCGACAUCGUGGUGGCGCCGACGGGGACGCUCGAGUCGGACAUCGACAACGACGGCGGCUACCUCCUCGUCGAGGGCAAGGUCAUCGGCAACGUGAGCGUGCGCCGCGUCCAGAUCUCGUCGUCGGGCCACAUCUUCGGCGACAUCACCUGCAACAGCUUCAUCAUCGCGCCGGGCGCGGUCGUCAUCGGCGCGUGCCAGGUCCGACCCGAGCCGCCGGAGAAGAACCUCGGCGCCCUCGCGCUGGCGCUCGCCGCGACGGCCGCCCGGGACCUCCCGGCGCCCAUGUCCGACUUCUACCUCGAGGGCCCGCUGGGCCACGAGUCGAACUUUAGCUACAUGAACACGGCGACGCUGGGCCCCGCGCCGCGGGCCGUCGUCGAGGCCCUGUCCGCCGCCGCGGCGGACAACGAGAAGAACCCGAACGUCGACGUCUACGAGUACUUCAAGAUCGGCGCGGAGCUCGUGCGCCACAAGGCCGCCAAGUUCCUCGGCUGCUCCGACGCGGAGGUGCUCCUCACGCCGUCGACGACCUUCGGCCUCAACACCGUCGGCGACGGCCUCAUCGCGUCGGGCUUCGUCGGCGCCGGGGACCGCGUCCUGACGACGGACCAGGAGCACUACGGCGCGACGAACGUCUGGCGGACGCGCGCGAACGCGACGGGCUUUUCCAUCGACGAGGUGGCCGUCCCGCUCUUCAACGCGACGGCCGCCGGGGUCCUCGCGGCCUUCGAGGCGAAGCUCAACGCCACGACCUACAAGGUCGUCGCCGUCGCGCACGUGCUCACGACGACGGGCUUCAAGCUGCCCCUCUCCGAGCUCGCGGACCUCGUCCACGCUCGGGGCGGGCUGCUCGUCGUCGACGGCGCCCAGGCGCCCGGCGGCCUCGACGUCGACUUUUCCAAGACGGGCGCCGACGCCUACGCGACGUCGAGCCACAAGUGGGGGCUCGGGCCCAAGGGCAGCGGGCUCCUCUGCGUCAAGGAGUCCGCACAGCCCAAGGUCCAGGCGACCUACCUCGCGGGCGGCUACGGCCGCGACAUCGGCGCCCUGCCGGACGCCUACGGCGUCAAGACGUCGAGCUCGGGCACGGUGCCGCCGGCGAUCAUCGCGGGCCAGGGCGCGGCGUUCGACUAUUUGGCGGACUUUGGGAUGGCCGACGUCGAGCAGCACAACAUGGGGCUCCGGGCCCGGGCCGCCGCGGCGUUUUCGGCGAUGGGGUGCGCGCCGCUGGGCGCGCUCGACCCGGCCGCGGACUCGGCGCCCAUCCUCACCAUCGCGCUGCCGGACUCGCACGACGCGACGUGGACCUACCGCAAGCUCUGGCUCGAGUACGGCAUCUUCGUCAAGUCGACGGGCGCGGCGUCCUACCCGACGGAGUGGCCGCCGGGCGCGCCGCAGCAGGCGAUCCGCUUCUCCUUCCACGUCUACAACACGGAGACCGACGUCGACAGGCUCGUCGCCGCCGUCGCGAAGAUUCUGGGCGACGCGACCGUGGCCCUGACCGUCUAA